CUCCUGGGGAAGCUCUUCACUUGGAUAAGGUACAGCUGUGGCCAAGGACAAAGGGAGAAUGCCACGCAGAAUAGAAGUCUUCUUGUUUUUACUCCUCUUUGGCUAUGAAGUCACGCUAGGAUUAUCAUCUACUGAGGAUGAGGACGAGGACCCCUGGUAUCACAAAACGUGCAAGUGCGAUUGCGAAGGAGGCGCCAAUGCCCUGUGGUCUGCGGGUGCCACCUCUUUAGACUGCAUACCAGAAUGCCCCUAUCAUAAGCCCCUGGGUUUCGAAUCAGGAGAGGUUACACCAGACCAGAUCACCUGCUCCAACCCGGAGCAGUAUGUGGCCUGGUAUUCCUCGUGGACCGCCAACAAGGCCCGGCUCAACAGUCAAGGCUUUGGGUGCUCUUGGCUCUCCAAGUUCCAAGACAGCAGCCAGUGGUUACAGAUAGAUCUGAAGGAGGUCAAGGUGAUUUCAGGGAUACUCACCCAGGGUCGUUGUGACAUUGAUGAGUGGAUGACCAAGUACAGUGUACAGUACCGGAGCAACGAGAGCCUGAACUGGAUUUACUAUAAGGACCAGACCGGAAACAACCGGGUCUUCUACGGAAACUCAGACCGAACCUCCACAGUCCAGAAUCUGCUGCGCCCCCCCAUCAUUUCCCGCUUCAUCCGGCUGAUCCCGCUGGGCUGGCACGUCCGAAUUGCCAUCCGGAUGGAGCUGCUGGAGUGCGUCAGCAAAUGUGCCUGAUGCCUGCCUCAGCUUGGCGCCUGCCAGGGGGUGGAGGGCACAGUAGCCCACGGAGGAACCCUGACAUGCCACUGUGACGAACGGGGCUGUAUUUUACAAGCUCUUUUCAAUGCAGAGUUGAGCAGAGAAUAUUUCUUUUUCUUUUUUCCAAAAUAUAGUUUCCAAGUUCAAUGAAAAAAAAAAAGUGAACAUAUUCCCCACUCAGGGCCAAAGAAAACAGGAACAAAGAAAAUGUCCCUAAAAACAAUUUUCAUACAAAAGCUUUAGCAGGGGUAAUUUGCUGCUCUGUUUUUUGUUUUUUUUUGUCUCAGUGACACUGUGAAAGGUGCAGUCCCAGGGGAAACACAAAGCAGCCCUGAUAAAUUGAAAAUUCUUUUGCAUUACUACAUUUAAAACACGAACAUAGCGUAUAAAAAGCCUUGCUUUGAAUGCAAAGGGGGAGCAAGCUUGCAGGUUCUCCUAGCUAAGUUUUCAUUAAAUCAUGGUUGUUUAGGACUUUAGAGCACUGGGUACACAGAGUGCAAGGUUUUGGGGUGAGAUGAGUACAGUACGGUGGAUGGAAAGCACAGACUCCUGGGAGACUUACAUGACCAAACCCCCAUGCAGGAGGACCUCCCCUGCUCUGAGCUCUCACCCCCAUGCACACAGGGAUUGCGGGGUUCCAGAGCUCUCAUGACAUACAGCUCUAUUCUGCAGUCCAUUCAGGCAAAUUAUCCCAGUCUGUGGUCACUAUUUAGGUGAGUACAUAGGACAGGCUGCACAUGCAAGUAGCAAAGUUUCCCUAUAUUUAGGAACCCCAAAUGACCAGAACACACGAGAAUUUCUCUUUAUCUGGGGCUACCAUUUUUCAACAAGCUUCACACUCUGAAAACAGUUGGCCCAGGAGCUAUCACUGGCUACACGGAGGAGGCCCAUUAGCAGAGUCCAUGCUUCAUGCGAAGUGGUCAGGACCUACCUCUCCUAAGAAGGGCGAUGUGGCUAUGCCCCUGAUGAGCCCAACCUUCCAACCUCUGCCCUCUGGCCUUGCAACACACACACCCGCCUGCUUCUGCUGCUGAGAGCUCUUAGGGAAGGAAGGGAGGGGCCUGGAACGAGGCUGGCCUUCCCCUCCUGGAGAAGCUCAUUAAGCAAAGAGCUCUAGAAGCGACCCUCUAAGUCUCUUUCAUCCUUUAUAGGGGAGCCUGUUUUCCGGCCUUUCUCUGGGAGAGGCUGAUGACAUGCUGCUGGUGGGCAGGAGAGGAUUUGAAAGUAGGAGCUGAGGGGAGUGGAAUCAGAGGAUGGGGGACUCCAAUGAGACUGGGGCAUCAAUCCAAGACUAUCCUGGCCCUGACCCAGUGCGGCCUUUGCUGGCAGCGCUGAGUGACUGUUUUCAAAUGCCAAGCCGAGUGAAUGGACUCACACUAACGCGAUCCUGGGCAUCACAUCCAUCUUCCAAGAGGGCAGCCCCCUAAAAGCCCCAAAUCUCUUCCCUGGUGUUUUGGGGCUUAGAACAGCUUCAUUUUUAACCCAGCCUCUUUCUAAUCCCCACGCUGUAUACCUGAACCUGGAAAAACGCUUUUCCCUGCUCCAUCUCCUCUCAAAUAAGUAUAAGCAAUUCAGGGUUGGGGGCUGGGGGUUGGGCAGGCGGUAGGGUGGAAAUCCUCCUCUGGUCUUAGAACACACAGACAAAUGCAUUUUGAACAGAAUGCCUGAUUGGAUACCCUUAUUGGGAAAGUUGAAUGAACUUGCAUUGUCAGAGAAAAGCCUGAGUUCAUGUCCUCUAAAAUUCAUGCUCCAGACACAGGAGGAAAGUUAAGGGGAAAAAAUGACCUGGUCUGAGGCAGAAAUAAAGGUUAUCCAAAUAAUUGUUCAUGUCGGAAAUUUUUAUUUUGUAACUGUGAUAAAGUUCACAUAUCAUACAAAUUCCACCCAUUUAAAGGGUACAAUUCAAUGACUUCUAGUAUAUUCAGAGUUGAGCAACCAUUAUCACAAUCAAUGUUAGAAAAAUUUCAUCACCCCAAAAGAAACCCUACACCCAUCAGCCAUCAUCCUCAAGCCCACUGGCCCACCUCAACCCUAGGCAACCACUGAUCUAUUUCUGUCUCUGUAGCCUAUUCUGGAAAUUUCAUGUAAAUGAAGUCAUACAAUAUGUGGUCUUUUGUGUCUGGCUUCUUUCGUUUUCAAGGUUGCUUCAUGUUGUAACGUGCGUCAGAACUUCCUUUUUAUGGCAGAUCAUUCCAUUGUAUGGCUAGACCACAUUGUAUUGGGUUGUCGGGAAAGUCAUGAUGCA